AUGUCCUUGAAUGCUAGACCCACUCUUCCCGUCGAAAUGCUCAGCGAGAUCGUCGCCCUCGCUGCGUUCGAAGCAGACUCAAGGCCCGAGUUGCUGUCUCUCUGCCUUGCUAGCCGUGUCUUUCACGAGCUCUCCAUCCGUCAUCUUUACCGUACCGUAACGAUACGCUGCUCUGACCGGUCGAUAGCAGAUCGAAGUAUAGAGCCCAAUAGUAAACGACCGGUGUUUCGCAGCUUUCAGCUAUGUAGGACCCUGCUUCAAAGCAAGUAUCACGUGAAGGAGUUUGUUCGUAGCUUCACCAUCGAGGAAGCGCCUUGUCACACCAGCGCCGAGUUGAUCUCGGAUGUUCUAUCGGACCUGCCGCAUCUGGAGUCCCUUUGUUUCGACAUCCAAUUCCAGAAAUGCGAAUCUGGAUGUGACGUUCUCGUUCUCUAUCCUUGUCGGGCCGGCCACCGUUUCGAAGACCCAACAAAGUUCCUGUCGAAGGUCACGAUUCCUACACUUCAGAACUUCAAGGUCGAAGCAGAAAUGGUCCACUCUCCUACCGUCACUCGAAUCCUACAGCGCCACGCCCAGUCGCUGCACACCGUCGAACUGAGUAUCGGAGACAUCGAGGAGCCAGCCAAUAGUCUUUUUUUCCAAUGCGUCGUCACGUGGGCGUAUACCCUGCCCGGGCUUGGAGCUCUCGCUUCCUAUGCUAAAGAAAUUCACCGCGCCGUGUCCGUAUUGGGAGCUUCUCGAUCCGCAGGGCAGCCCGAUCUGCCAAAUAAGGUGAAGGAGACGAAGCGUUGUUUGCGCUUAGUGGGGGGGCAAUGGGCGAUCCGCCAACUGGUGCUUCAGUAUUCGGGAUGCUCAGAUGGAGACUCUGAAACCAAAUUACUGAAAGUGAUCGCUAAAUCGCUCAAGGAAUUCAACUUCACGGCACUCGAAACCCUGGUUAUUGUCACGCCGGUUGUGUUCAGCGGCUAUCUGCCGUUGAAUCACGAAGAGAAGAUGGCAGUCCCACAAGUUCUUGGUGGUGCAUGUCCCAAUCUACGUGAAAUGGUAUGGGUCGUAGCGGCCUCAAACCGUGAAGGAUCUUCAUGGAAGUUGGACCGGUCUGUUCGCACUGCUUGUGCGCAGGCAACCAUGUUUUCAGAUUUUUUCUCCGAUGUUUUGUUGUAA